GUUACGGUGUGAAAUAGUCUAUUUUGUUUAAGUUAUAAACACAAUUUGGCUCUUGCCCUGAAAUUAUCAUUCUUCUUCGUUUCUCAACAUACCCACAACAGUUUAACAUACAAGAACCAUCCAUCUACUACUAAUACUACUCUAAUAUGGUUCGAUCAACAAAAAAGCCCGCCCCUCCCGCUAAUCUUGACAAAUUGGCUUUGAAUGCAUAUCCUCAAGACAAUCUUGAGACAGCAGUUCAUAAGUAUGUCAUCAAAUACUGGGUCAAAUGGGCAAAGUUCAAGAUGAACGGAGCUCGCUACAUGAUUGCUGAAGGUGUGUUAUGUCAUAUGCCUACGUAAAAUUUUAGCCAAAGAGCUAUGAUUUUAUGUUCAAUGCUGAUGGUUCAUAGAUAUAUUGUAUUUCCGAGACAAAGGUCUGUAUUACCAAGUCUGAACUGGAGACGGGUGACAGGGGUCGGUUGUUCUGGAAUAAAAUGCAAUAUCCGGUCAGUCUGCGAGAGAUUGACCGCAUGACUAAGGCCACAGAGUCUGCCCGAAAGGUCUUAAAACACCAAAGUGAAGACCAGUGGAAUGUCCCAAGACGUUCUAAAACACACUUUUUGAACUUUCCGCGAGACAUCCUAGACAAUAUCUUCAAACACGCUUUAGUCGCGCUCCCUGGAAAUGUGGUUUUGCCAAAUGUUAUGGCCACAAACUGGAAGAAGAGGUAUAUCGAGCCGAGCCACAAAAUUUAUGAAAUUGGACAAGGUUUUGAGCCCUACUACUCUGAUGAUGGCCAUCGACCAUGGCCAUACAGUCCUUCAUACUUCGACAAUUCUCACGCAUCCUUCCAAAGAAAAAAGCUCCGUGAUAAGAAAGGCUCAUACGUAGAGCUCCAGAGAAUCCUGCGUCCACAGAUUGACGCAACACUGCUUCGCACGUCGAAAACCUUCCGCGAAAUCGGCUCCACACUGCUAUAUCGCCAAAACACAUUCAGUUUUGGCAUGGCAUGUGAAUCAAUGGAGAAAAGUUCUCCUUCAUGGAUUGGAAAAUGGUCGUAUAGACCAGAGCCAAGCAAACGCGGGAUCGACGAAGGGUCGAUAUCCAAAGCCAUCCAGCAAUUCCAAAGCAGAGCUAUCAUCACCUCAAUUCCGGGCUGGUGUUACUACGACCCGUUCGUUCGUUUUCUCUACCACGUUCGAUUACGUAACUCGAUUUUCAUCAAGAAAUUGCGAUUCGAAGGAACGAUAAAAGCCCAUGAGUGCGGUAGGAACACGUGCAGGCUUCAAUGUGAUGAUGACUUCAUCCCGAGCAUCAAAUGUUACAUUCCAUUCAUCAACGCGCUCUGCCCCGAACUGCACGAAUUGACUUUGGAGGUAGACAUUGACCAUUGGGGAGCUCUAUCCACUCCAGCUGAUCGACAGCUCGAAUUCGACAGGCUUCUCUCGAAAUUAUUAGAGAAAGAAGCUAGAGAAUUGAAGACUGUUCGAGUUCUUAACGUCGUCGCUGCAGAGCCACCGAGUAAUCACAAUCAAAAAGCUGAUGUCAGUAUUGCUAGAGAUGCUACACAGUGGUUUAGAGAACGAGAGAUUGCUCGGGUGGAGAAAUAGAUUGGCUCUUCGAGUAGCUGCUGGAUUUUGGAGCAUGCCGCUGUAAGAUUAUUCAAUCGGCACAAUUUUGCGGAAGUUUGUGAAGCAGGAAUCGUCA